AUGAUAUCGCAUUCAGAGGCAACAAAACCUCCUCCUAGAUUAAACAAUACAAAAUUAACAACAGAUAGAGUUGAUUAUAAUUUACAUGAUGUUGAUUCUUCUUUUGAAAUUACAAACAAUGGAAAUACAUUAUUUCAUAAAAGGAGGUCUUCGAGAUUAAUUGAACAAUCGAUGGAGAUUGAAAAAACAUCAAACAAAAUAAACGAUAUAAUUAUCACAAAAAAGGAUUAUUUAACUCCAACCACUUCUUUGCCCAAAACUUUCAAUGAAGAAAUGGAAUAUAAUUCAAGUGAAAAUAAAAGUUCACAUAAUGAAGAAAUGAUAAUGGAAAAAAUGGAUAUUGUUGAAUCAUCAUCGAAUAAUGAAAUAAAUGAUGAACAAUAUGAUGAUGAAAUUAAUUUAUCAUAUCGUUCCAGUAGAAGAAAACAAAUAUUUAAUCUUGAUGACGACAAUUUUGAUGAUUCAGUAAAAAGUAGAAGUUACAUUAAUAAUUCUUCCAAAGAAAUGAUAAAUAAAAAGAAUAAAAAUUUUAAUGAAGUUUUUGGCAGUAUUCACCGACUUUUUCCUAAAACAAUAGAACCAAAACCAAAUAACUUUAAAAGUAUAUUUGACACAUCACCUAAUUUUCAAUCUAAUACAUAUAAAUUUAAUUUAAGCUUAGGUGAAACUACUGUAAAAUCUACUUUAACUCCCUGUAUACAAAAACAAAAACCACCCGUAAAUUACUUGACGGAACAAGCUCUUGCUUUAAUUGCAAAUAAUGAAAAAGCAAAUGCUAAUAAAAUGAAACAUAGAACAACAAGAUUAAAUAUGAAACCGUCUAUUUCAAAGAUAUUUGAUGACAACAAUACUAAAAAUGAUCUACCUCCUGAAACUCCUAUUUUUUCAUCAUUUGAAAGUGUAAAAAAACCAUUGCCAAAAGUAAAUGUUAUUGUAUCAAGAGCAAUGCAUUCAAAUCCAGGGCCUCCAAAAUUAAUAGAGCAAAAAAAAUUUUUAAACGUCACAAAUAAUUUUAGAAAUAAUAGUUUUACAACAGCAACUUUAUAUAAUGAAAAAAAUUCACAAACAAUAUCAGAAUCAACAAAACAUUCCAAUACUUGCCAUGAAAAUACUACCUCAACAAAUCAACCACAAUUUAAAACAGUUAAACUUAAAACAAUUGAUACUAAUUUACAAAAAAAUAUUACUUUAGAUUCAGUAAAAAAUACGGAAAGCACCAUUGAAUCCAAUCAGUCUUGCCGUGUAUUGUUAAAAAAAACUUCAAAAGAACAAUCACCACCUCAACUUGAAAAACAAGUUACAGGAAAAAAUAUUCAAAAUCAAAUACUUACAAAAGCUAGUGAUAUUAAUGAUAAAACAAUAAAAAAUCUAACACCAACAUCAGGAAGGGUUGUUGUCAUUAAAUCAUCUAAUAUGAAUAAACAAAUAAAUUUGGCAAAUAAUGAUGAAUGCAAAAAUACUAAAUCUAACAUUUCAACAGUCCCAUUUCAAUCAGAACCAGGACCAUCUGGUCUUCAGUCAAUUAAAUCUAAACUAAAUCAACCACCUAAUUUAAGUUUAAUGAAUAGUAAACCAUUGCAAAGUACUAAUAAAACAACUUUUAAAAGAAAAAAUAUUCCCAGUGAAUCAAAUAAUAGUUCACAAAGUUCCUCUACUGAUUUAACUAUUUUAGACCGCACAACAAAUAUAGAUCGAUCUCCAAUAUUAUUAAAAGGUUUAAAAACAAAAGUUCCAUUAAAUAAACUUCGUGAAAUUGCAAUGAAAUGUUUUAUACCUAGAAGUAUAACAGCUAAUUCGUUAAUCUACAAAAGAUCUAGACGUUCAUAUAAUUUCACUAAUAAUAAAAAUGGAAAAUUAGUAAUGGUUUGUACUUCAGGUAAAAAUGUUAUAUCAAAAGGACCAAUUGAAAAUGAUAUAUUAUCAAAAAUGAAAGAAAUACCAUUUUUAAAACAAUAUGCAUCUACUGAUCCAAAUGAUAUUGAAAGUGAUUUAUAUCAAACAGUUAUUGUAUGUGCCUAUUUUACAUCUUUUUAUAGUGUUAAAAUGUUUAAAAUUGUUAAACGUAGAGAAUAUUAUCCUCGUUCAUAUGAGGCACUACCUUUUUAUCCAACAAAAGAGGAGAUUGAUGAAGAAACUGCAACUGUUCCUAAAAGAAGAAAAAGAUCAAAAUCAUGUGAAUUUCCAACAUCAUCUGUAAAUGAUUACCUUGUUGUAUAUAUACCUGUAAAAAUUUUAAAAAAAUAUGGUAUAUUAAGUAAUGAUGAAAAAAAUAAUGAUAGUAAUGGAGUAAUAAAUCCACUUUAUACUCCUGAACAGAAAGUUCGUAUAUCGCAAAAAGUAUAUGAUUCUAAAACAAAACAUUUAAAUGACGAUAAUUAUUCAGAUGACUUGGAGGGUGAAUUAAAAGGUAUCACUGUAACUGUUGAAAUACCACCACCACGUAAAAGUGAUGCAAAAAAUUUAUUUUCUGAUACUUCAUUAUAUAAUACAUUAAAUGUAACAUUACCUGAAAAUAGAACAUUACAAAACUAUAAACCAAAGUUUGUAAGAGAUAAACAAGAAAGUGGUAAUGAAUAUGAUAUGACAAUAUCAAAUAAUAAAAAUGAGUUUGAAAAUAAUAUAAAUCAUUAUAAUGAUAAUUCAGAAAUAACAAAUAAAAAAACAAUUAGAACAAUUUAUACACAUCCAAAUAAAAUAGUAAAAGAAACUAGAACAACAAUUAUUCCAUCAGGUAGUAAAAGAUUUUAUAGUAAUAGAGAUAUACCUGAUGAUGCUUCUAAAAUAUUAAAUUAUUUUAAAUUAAAAAAAGAAAGUACUAUAUAUACUGAAGAAAAUAUAGAGAGUAUAAGAAAUUUUGGAAAGAGAAUGACAGCUAGUUAUCAAUAUUUAUAUAGAAUAAAAGAUAUGGAAUUGUGGAAUAUAGUUGAUGAAGUUAUAAAUGAAAUUAAAAGAACAGAAAAAAAUUUUGAAAAUGAAAAAGUACCAGGAGAUAAUCAAUCAAAUUUAAUUCAAACAAUAAAAGGACAAGUUCUUAAACGUGGUAGAGGUAGACCAAGAAAAUCCGAAACAGAAAAAACUGUUUUAGAAGAAGAAAUUAUUAAAAGAAGUGAUGAUGGAAUGGCUGAUAUUAAAGAAAUCGAUGAAGAAUGUCUUUUAAGUACAGAGGAUAUGUUAAUUGAAAGAGAAAAUAAUGGAUAUAAUAUGGACCAAUUUUUAUUUAAAGAUAAUAAAGAUGAUGAAACAAGUUUAGCAUUAGCUUCAAUUGAUAAUGAAUUACCAUCUGAUAAAAUUAAUAAUGAUAUAUUAAAACGUAAAAUUAAUAAUUCGUAUGGUUAUACAUUAGAUCCUAUGACGAAAGAUGAUGGUGACAUUUUUAGAUUUAGAGAAUCAUCCAUAUCUAAUGAUGAAUAUGGAGAAAGAAGAAAAAUUAUUGGACAUUCAGCUGAUGGUAAAGAAUGUUAUACAGCUGUUCCAAAAGAAGAUUAUCCUUUAUAUAAAGGUCGUUGUAGUGCAUUAAGUUUAGUUGAUGAAAUGCUUCAAAAGAAUACAUCAGAAAUUGGUCUUGGAGUAAAAUAUCAUACAUUAAAAGAAAUGGAAUUAAAUGAGUAUGAUAAAGUACGAAAAACAGAAGAAGCAAUAUAUGGACCACGUCCAAAUGCAUAUACACGAUUUAUUGAAGAAAAUAAAGAAAUGUUUAUGAAUGAUUGUAGUUUAAGAUAUGUAUUUGAUGAAAUGGGUGGAAUAAGACAAUUUCCAUUAUAUGGUGAUGAUAAUAAUAUUCCUCGAUUUAAUUUUGAUAAAGAUGAAAGUAUUCUUUAUGAAAAUGAUUCAUUAGAUGAUGAUGUUGGUAUUAGAUCAUAUGAUAGAUAUAAUAAUAUGUAUGGACAAAUGGAUUUAUAUGAUGAAGAUGAAGGAGAAUCAUUACAAACAGAUGAAGAUGAAGAGGAUGAAGAAGAAGAGGAAGAAGAAGAUGAUGGUAAUGUAUAUUGUAGUCAAACAAAUAGAUUAAAACAAUCAUCAAUUGAAGAACACCAAAAUAAAAUGUCUUUACAACAUAGAUAUAUUCAAAAUCUUAAUUCUACAAUAAAAAAACAAAGAAAACCACGUAUCAGUAAACCAAGAGGACCAUAUAUGACAAAAAAACGGCGUAUAGAAGCAUUAAAAGCUGCUCAAGGUUUAGGAAAUGUAUUUGAUGAUAAUAAAAAAAAUAAAAGACCUGUUGGUAGACCAAGAGGAUCAACAAAAAGAAAAGCUAACAGUAGUACACCAGUAGAUCCAGCAACAAUCUCAUUAAAUGAUUCAUCAGUAUCUAAAAAAAUUAAAAAUGAGGAAGCAUAUUGUCGGCCAACAUUUAAUUCAAUUUUAGCUGCAAGUAGAAGUCCAUCCGAUUUUUCUAAAACAAAAUUACAAAACAGUAAUAAUUGA